AGUGGUGAUCGUGAGCCGAAGGAUAUUCACGAACAUUAUCAAAAAUUGAUGUGUCAACUUUCAAUGAGCAAUUCUUCACUUCUGCGUGAAAAUGAAUCGUUUCGUGCACGCUUUCAGCUCAGGCUUCUUCCAGGCGAAAAGGUUGAUUUAUCACAGUUCCGUGGUAUCGAACUUGGACUUAUACAGAGGGAUGCUCCGAAUUUAUUACGUAGACCUGAAGGUACUCGAGGUCCUUUACUGAGCCCAGUUGUUCUCAAGGAGGAUCAGCGCAAUCCGCAUAACGCAGUAGACGAGCUCUCUGAACUUGUUUCAACACUUCUUCGCAAGAGAGUUAAUCCGUUGUUUUGUAUUCAGGAUUCUGAAACCGAUCGGCAAAGUGAUUCGUCGCGGGGUCAAAAUGAACGCGAUAAGGAAGAAUUGCGCGUUGCGAUGCUGAAAUGCAUAACAAAAUCGAAAUAUGAUGAUGUCGAUGAUUAUUUACAGUGGUUGAACGAUUGCAGUUCGACGGCAUCGAAAUUACGAACUAAUCGUGAUAUGUGGAGUGAACAUUUGUCGGAUGUUGAUGAAUUGGAACGAGUUGGUUCAAAAUCUGAAGAUUGCAUACGUAAAGAACAUCAGCAGUGUGAUACUGCUGAUCAACUGAAAGAAUCUUUGCAUGAUAUGAAAAAAUUUCGCAGAGCUGAGAGUGAAACAAGAGUACCAACCGAUCCGAGCAGUAACAGUGAAGAGCUAACGAAAAUACAGCGCUCUUCUCCGAAACAACGAACCACUAGACACAGGGCAAUGUCUGUUGGCUGCAAUAAGAUGAAUGGUUUUGUGUCAGCAAGACAGAACGGAAACACGAAGAAAGCAGCACCGAGGAGAUCGCUAGCAAAUCUUUCAUCGAUGCGAGCCAAUAGCAACAAAUCACCACGGAGAAACCUCAUUUGA